UCACAAUUGUCUGUUUUUCUUUUUAGGGUUCAUGUAAUCAAAGGAGUUUUUGUUGUGUGUAUCUUUUCAGAACACAACAGGAAUUCAAAAUGAAUCAGAACACAAGUGACUCCCCUGUUGCUGUGGAGACCUUGGAUGAUGUUCCUGAGCACGUGCUCAGGGGCCUGCCUGAGGAUGUGAGACUCUUCCCAUCUGCUGUUGACAAGACUCGGCUUGGUGUCUGGGCAACAAAAUCAAUUUUGAAAGGCAAGAAGUUUGGACCAUUUGUUGGUGACAAGAAAAAAAGAUCUCAAGUUAAGAGCAAUGUGUACAUGUGGGAGGUGUAUUACCCCAACCUGGGCUGGAUGUGUGUGGAUGCCACCGACCCAGAGAAGGGCAACUGGCUGCGCUACAUCAACUGGGCACGCUCGGGGAAGGAGCAGAACCUCUUCCCCCUGGAGAUCAACAGGACCAUUUACUACAAGAGCUUAAAGGAAAGAAGAAGACUCAGGAAAGUAAAAACAAGGGAAAGAAGGCAGCAGAUACAAAACAGAAAAAGACUGAUUUGGAUUCUACUUCUGCAGAUAUGAGGGAUUCUAAAGAAGGUCACAAAGAGGAAGAUGAAGCUCCUUCUGUUUCUGCUGUGCUGUCUCUGGAGCAAACAGCUGUGAUUCAGGAGAUGGUAAAUCAGGAUGUCCUUCCAAAGCUGAUGGUCCCCAGUCCCACCAACGAAACACAAGUGAUAACUGAAGAAAAACAAGGAGAAGCCAUAAAUUGUGCAUCAGAUGAUUUAGAUGACGAUGAAGAGGAGGAUGAAGAAGAGGAAGAUGAAGAGGAGAUAGAAGAUACCAAUAUGCCUAAAGAAAAUGCUGAAAUGCCUUUGAUAUGUGAAGAAAAGUUGGACUCCAUGGAAGAACAAAAGAGUACGUCAGAGGAAUCUCCAGAAAGCUCUCCAAAGAAAAAACUCGUGGUGAAAAUCCCAAAAGCAGAGGGGGAAUCCAACGGUGAUGUUCAGGAAACCUUCAUGUUUCCUUGCCAGCAUUGUGAGAGGAAGUUCACCACAAAGCAGGGGCUGGAGCGCCACAUGCACAUCCACAUCUCCACCCUGAGCCACGCCUUCAAGUGCCGCUACUGCGGGAAAGCCUUCGGCACUCAGAUCAACCGGCGCCGGCACGAGCGGCGCCACGAGGCCGGGCCCAAAAGGAAACCAUUCCUCACUCUCACCUCCUCACAACACCUGGAUAAUGUUGCUGAUAACCAGGUGAUUGUGGAUGAUGGUCUUAAAGAUGACCUGAAUGUUUCCAGUCUCGUGCAAGACUCUGUUGUCUUGGAUUCUGAGAAAGUUUCCCAGGAAAUGUCAAACUCAGCGUUUGCUGAGGAGAAUAAGGAGCCCAAAGAAUUGCAUCCGUGCAAAUACUGCAAAAAGGUUUUUGGUACUCACACCAACAUGAGGAGGCAUCAGCGCAGGGUUCACGAGCGUCAUCUUAUUCCCAAAGGUGUCAGGAGAAAAGGGUUCUUCACUGAGGAGCCACCUCUCCCAACAGAGCCGGCCCCAGCCGUCCAGAGUGUGUACAUAGCAAGCACAGAAAUAGAAGAGGAAGGUGAGGGAGAUGAUGUCUAUCUUAUGGAUAUAUCCAGCAAUAUCUCUGAGAAUUUAAAUUACUACAUUGAUGGGAAAAUUCAGUCCAACAGCAGCACUAGCAAUUGUGAUGUGAUUCAGAUGGAGUCCAACUCUGCAGACUUGUAUGGAUUGAAUUGUAUAAUCAGUCCGGUCACAGUGGAAAUUUCCACAAAUUUAAAGGUUACACAAACACAUGUGAAUGAACCUCCUAAGGAACCCUCUAGCAGUGGGAGCAGUGAAUCCAAAAAGAGAAGAACUGCCAGCCCUCCUCUUGUACCAAAAAUAAAAACUGAAAUAGACCCUGAACCUAUAACUCCUACUAGUUCUUUAAAUCUUCCUCUUAGCAUUUCAACAGAAAGCUUAACUUUUCAUAAAGAAAAAGGGGUUUAUUUGUCAUCAAAAUUAAAGCAGCUUCUUCAGACACAGGACAGUAAGAAGAUAACUCCAUCAAGUGAAAUCCCUAAAAUAGGACCUUCUGUUACAUCAUCAUCUGUUUUGCCUCCAGUAUCCAGCAGGUUUAAAAGAAGGACCAGCUCUCCUCCCAGCUCUCCACAGCACAGUCCAGUGCUUCGAGACUUUGUCAAAUCAGGUGAGGGAAAAACUGUGUGGAACGACAAUAUUAGGAGUUCAAAAAUGCCAAAGUUAGAAAGCCACAGCAACUCACCUGCUUGGAGCUUGGCUGCAAGGGAGGACAAAGAGACUUUGAGCCCUCAUUGCUUUGAAGAAUAUAAAAUAUCAAAAGACUGGACAGCAGCUCCAACUUUUGGCAAUGUGUGCAACCAGCAGCCCCUGGAUUUAUCCAGCGGUAUGAAACAGAGGUCUGAUGUCAAAAGCAAGACUCAGGUUCCCUGGGAAUCCGUUUUAGAUCUGAGUGUGCACAAGAAGCCGUGCAGCGAUGCUGAAACGAGGGAAUGCAAAGAGAACUCCAGCCCUGCGACGUGCAGCGGGGUGAAGAGGAAGAAGCCCACCACGUGCAUGCUGCAGAAGGUUCUGCUCAACGAGUACAACGGGACGGACGCAGCCGCGGAGCAGCCGGGCACCGACAGCGCCGGCCCGGCCCCGCAGCCCCCGCCUGAGCCUGGCACUGACCCUGCUCCCUCAGCAGCGGCUGCCGCUGCCACCCAGCCCCUCAGCUCCUCUGCUGCCUCCCCUGUGCCCGCUGUGCCGCCUGCUGCCCCCGCUGGGUGCCAGCUGCCCCCGCUGUUAACGCCCACCAACCCCCCCUCCCCCCCGCCCUGCCUGCCCGUGCUGACCGCGGCCACGUCGCCGCCCCCCCUGCUCCCAACCAUGCCCUUGCCCAUCCCUGAUGUCUCUGCCAGUGCCACCAACACCUCCUCCUGUCCCUCACCACUCUCCAACACUACCACCCAGUCCCCAUUACCAGUUCUUUCACCUACAGUUUCUCCUUCUCCGUCCCCCGUCCCUUCUGUUGAACCUCUUAUUUCUGCUGCUUCACCUGGCCCCCCUAACCUGUCUUCCUCAUCUUCCUCCUCCUCUUCCUCCUCUUUCUCAUCCUCUUCCUCCUCAUCGUCUCCAUCUCCACCUCCUCUUUCUGUAGUUUCUUCUGUUGUUUCCUCUGCUGAUAACCUUGAAAGUUCUCUCCCAAUAAUAAAACAGGAGGAAGCUGAAAGCGAGCAGCAGAAAGCGAGAGAGGAGCCUCACACUUCAGGUGAAUCAGGAGUGGUGCAGGAAACCUUCAACAAGAGCUUUGUGUGCAAUGUCUGCGAGUCACCUUUCCUUUCCAUCAAAGACCUAACGAAGCAUUUAUCCAUUCAUGCUGAGGAAUGGCCCUUCAAAUGUGAAUUCUGUGUACAGCUUUUUAGGGAUAAAACAGACUUGUCAGAACAUCGCUUUCUGCUUCAUGGAGUAGGGAAUAUCUUUGUUUGUUCGGUGUGUAAAAAGGAAUUUGCUUUUUUGUGCAAUUUGCAACAGCAUCAACGGGAUCUCCAUCCAGACAAGGAGUGCACACAUCAUGAGUUUGAAAGUGGGACUUUGAGACCCCAGAAUUUUACUGACCCCAGUAAGGCAAAUGCAGAGCACAUGCAGAACCUGCCAGAAGAUUCUUUGGAGCCUUCAAAAGAGGAGGAAGAUGAAGAUCUAAAUGAUUCUUCUGAAGAGCUUUAUACUACUAUAAAAAUAAUGGCUUCUGGAGUGAAAUCUAAAGAUCCAGAUGUCCGGAUGGGCCUCAAUCAACACUACCCAAGCUUUAAACCACCUCCCUUCCAGUAUCACCAUCGGAAUCCUAUGGGGAUUGGAGUUACUGCAACAAACUUCACAACCCAUAAUAUCCCACAGACUUUCACCACUGCCAUUCGAUGCACAAAAUGUGGCAAAAGUGUUGAUAACAUGCCUGAGUUACACAAACACAUACUGGCCUGUGCAUCUGCUAGUGAUAAAAAGAGAUACACACCUAAAAAAAAUCCAGUUCCCCUCAAACAGACAGUGCAGCCUAAGAAUGGCAUGGUGGUCAUUGCUGGGCCUGGCAAAAACGCCUUCAGAAGGAUGGGUCAGCCUAAAAGACUCAAUUUCAAUGUGGAGAUUAGCAAAAUGUCCUCCAACAAACUAAAAAUAAGUGCAUUGAAAAAGAAAAACCAGCUUGUACAAAAAGCUAUCCUGCAAAAAAAGAAAUCUGCCCAGCAGAAGGCAGAGCUGAAAAAUAACCCAUCCGAGACAGACUCCCACAUCUGCCCCUACUGUAACAGAGAGUUCACUUACAUUGGGAGUUUGAACAAACACGCAUCAUACAGCUGCCCCAAAAAACCCAUCUCUCCCUCCUCCAAAAAGAAUUCUUCCAAAAAAAGUGCAGCUUCUUCCCCUGCCAGCAGUGACAAAGGCAGCAACCAGCGCAGGCGGACGGCGGAUGCAGAAAUCAAAAUGCAGAGCACUCAGCCUCACCUGGGCAAGACCAGAGCACGAACCUCAGGACCUGCACAGCUCCAGCUCCCCUCUGCCUCCUUCAAAUCCAAACAAAACGUUAAAUUCGUACCUUCCAUGCGAUCGAAAAAGCCAAAUUCAUCUUCAUCCUUGAGGAACUCUAGUCCUGUAAGAGUGUCUAAAAUGUCCCAUGUUGAUGGGAAAAAAACUAAAGUGGUUUCUAAGAACAAUUCCUCUGGAAUCUCCAGCAAAGCCUCCCGGAAAUUGCACGUCAGAAUACAAAGGAAUAGCAAAGCUGUUUUGCCAAGUAAAUCUGCUGUGGCAAGUAAGAAAAAGGCAGACAGGUUCAGUGUAAAAUCUAGAGAGAGGAUUGGAGGACCAAUCACACGGAGUCUGCAGCAGGCAGCAAAUGCAGAAGCAGCAGAAAACAAAAGAGAUGAAAGCAGUGCAAAGCAAGAACUGAAAGAUUUCAGGCUCCGCACGGCCUCUAGAUGUCCCUCCUCAUCCUCGCAUGGCCCCAGCAGCAGGCAGUGCAAGAAACCCAGCUCCAGCUCAUCCCCCUUCUUCCAGGAAUAGACCCCGGGCGUGUCUGACCCAAGCAGGUACCAGAAACUUCUGCCUGGAAGGGGUGAGGUGAAGCAAUCCUCAAGCAUUUUCCUCUCCUGCUUUGCUCAGAUGAGGUGAGGAGG